AAUGGAAAUGGAAAUCAAUUCGUAAACAUUUUUUAGAAAAUGAUAUUUUACCAAUUAUUCAUCAACUUAAAGGAAAAAUUAGUAAUAACAAAAUUUCAUUUAAAAUAAUUAUAAAUAUUUUAAUAUUUAUUUCAAAUUAUGCUAAUAUUCAUGGACUUCUAUCUCCUG